GCAUCAACCCGGGGUGUUGGGGAGCAUUACUGUAUAUGCAGUUUGAGGCAGGGGUCGUCUAUUGGUCCUUAGUAAUUUCUGUGCAACUCAACUGUUACGUGCGUCGCUGUCGACGGUAAGCCUUUACGACCUACGGUAGUAUACCCACCUCCGCGAAAAUAGCCGGUGAUAAUCAACCUUACAGCAAUCGCAUCUCUUCUUACUAUGUCAUCAAGCCCUGUCCAAUCAAAUCGAUUUUCGUAACCCUCAGAGCUGACAGGAGAGAUUUGUUCUCGACCAACUAGCGACACUCAGAUAUUUCGUGUAGCUGCGUGAACGGGUCUAAGUGCCAGUAGCAAACCAACAUGGAGUUAUGGAUAAUAUCCGUCGUACCGGAGUCUGGGGUCCAAAAGAGUGUAUAUAUAGACCAUCAAGGUCGUCGUUUCUUCAGAUAGGUAGAUCACCAACCUAGUAACGACUAGUAACGAGUCCACCCGGUAACAAACUCGCCUUAGCAUCGCCUUACUAUCAAACGCCAAUAUGCACGUCACUCAGAGCACUCUCGUUCUUGUCGCUGGCUUGGCCUCCCUUAGCGCCUCAGCCCCCUUCUACCCAUACUACCCAUCAUCUAGGCCAAGUGGUAUCCCAGUUCUGGGCAAUGUUCCUUACCCAAACACCACAAUAGCGGGGCUUACCGUCAUUGACACGCCUAUCGUCCGUCUUGCAAAGGAGUUUGCUCGCAACCACAGCGAUGACGCUACAUACAAGCACCAGAUUCGCUCUUGGCUCUUUGGAUCCCAGAUCAUCGCGAACAACCAGACGCUUCUGAAUACCGUCGACAUUGAGGUGCAAGCCGUGGCUGCCAUUCUACACGAUCUCGGCUGGGACCAGACCCCUGACUCCCCAGUCACCUCAACGGAUAAGCGAUUCGAAGUUGAUGGAGCCAUCGCCUCGAGGAACUUCCUCAACACGUACGCAGAUGAUAACUGGGACGGCCGCCGCAUCCAGUUGGUCUUUGACGCCAUUGCGCUCCACACGACCCGCACCAUCUCCUACUUCAAGGAACCCGAGGUGUUCGUGACCGGCAUGGGCAUAGGUAUCGAUUACAACGGCCCGGAACGAGGUGUCAGCAACGAGACUUGGCAGAACAUCGUCGCAGAGUUUCCCAACUUCGACCUUAUCCAGGCUACCAACGAGACUUUUACUUUCAUCUGUGCUAAGAAGCCAGCUGCCACCUGGGACACUCAACUCCAGCCGUGGGGCGACCGAUACGUGCCUGGCUACAAGGACAACGAGGAGCUGAGGAUCGACGGCAUCUUCACUUACCUCCAGAGCAUCCAGAAGAAGUAAAAAAAAGAAUGUAUAGAGGUAUCUAUACGCGGAAAGGCAUCACUACCGGUGUUUCGGGUGUUCUGAGUGGCGAGUGGCGGGCUGUGUUGCAGGUGAAGUAACCAGGUACCUAGAUGAUGGCUUACGAAACUCCAGUGCGGUCAUCUACUGAAGUCAAAUGGCUUGGAUGGGUUGUUAGAUCAGAGU